AUCCCUUGUCACCAAGAGCCCAUUUGCUGCAACUUUUAGUAAUAUAUUAUCUACUGAGGAAAGCAUAGAGUCAUGGAGUCAGUGUCAGUUCCCGUACUAAUUGGUGGACUUGUUCAUUGUGUAGCCCAGUUAAUAAGAAUAGCUGAAGAGCUUUUACAGGUGAUUUCGCAAGAACAACAAGCUCCUUGUGUAGAACAAAAUACUAGAGAAGAAGAGGUAGAUGCGGGUGCAUCUCCUCCUGAGGAAGCUUCACUGCCAGAACUUGCCAGUCUCUCAGAUUUAGAUUCAAUACUUACACCAAGAGAAGAUGAAGACCUAAUCUUUGAUAUAGAUCAAGCCAUGUCAGACAUAGGUGACUUAUCUGAAGAUAUAGUCCGUGGUAUAAACAAUGACGUAAGUGAAUAAGAUACAGUUAGUCCUUGGCAGCAUAUGAGAACUGAUCAUGUCUGUUUCAAACAUGUUGUUAUUUUUCUGGAUAUAGCAAUAUUCGUUUUCUUCUAGUUCUGCACUUUUUCAUUACCAGUACCUUAUAGAACAAGUAAGACUUGAUGUGUUUCCAGCAGAUACUG